AUGCCCACGUAUCUCACCCGCGAGAACUCCCCCAUUUACUCGCCAAACUCAGACAUCUUGGAUCUCGACCCAAACAACACCCUCGAGCUGUCUGGUCACAAGCACCACCCAAUUAAUGGGCUCACCCACUCCCUACCCCUCCGCCCGUCGCGCUCAAACAACCUCCAUGACAGCUUCGACGAGAGCUCAACCUCGUCAACUCACGCCUCCGACGUCUCUGAUUCCAUCCCUACUCAGAUGAAUGGGACGAGGCCGACUAGCAUGAGCUCACUGCCCAACGGCUCCGCAGGGGCCGGAGGAAGCCCAGAAUUUGCAGACUAUCCCGACCACGACUCCCGCAACGGCUAUCAAAACAGCCACUACAACGACCACAGAAACUAUAAGCACCCGUUGCAAAAUGGACGCACCGUAGCUAUGCCCGACAGGACGGCACCGCCGCCUCCUAUCAAGGUAGUGAGGAAACCCAACUCCGAUACAGACCAUUCGAGUCCGACGGAUGCAUACCUGACGCCGGCCUCAAUCGCGUCACCCGCGCCCGGAUCGAUUGAUCAUACAGUGAAGACAAAUGGCAGCAGCCCCAACUAUGCACCGCCUGCGAUACCCUCUCAAAGUAACGCGAACGGUUCGACGACGCCAGCACCGGCUCUCAGCACCACCUCGCUAUCCCCCGACCCGAAUGCUCAUAAAAGCCCUCAAUCGCCGCAUCGGUACUCUUCCCCGCCGUUGUACCAAUCUGCUGGCGCAACCCCCAAUGCGUCUACCUCGACCGGCCUACAACCGCCAAAUGGCGGCCUCAAGCACCGAAACACGCUAGAGGUUCCAGGCCCUCAGUCCAAUCGGGGCUCCAAAGACGGCUCCGAUGCCGCCUUUUCAAGCGGUCGUUUCUCUCCCACAUCCCACACGAGUACGACGCAACGAGUGCGUAGAGCGUCGCUCAACUUGGUGCGCAGGGACACCCGAUCUAUGCAAUCCGAUAACCCACGUGACGAGGUUGUUCCCGACGAAGAUGCCUUGCGCUGGGCCGAGCACUACCGGCAAAAGCGCGCCAGCAAAAGGAAGAGGAGAGAAGAGGAGGACGAUGACAGGGUACUGGUUGGAACCAAGGUCGACGAGCACCAUGCCAACUGGGUCACCGCCUACAACAUGUUGACGGGUAUCCGUGUAUCUGUGUCCAGAACAAACGCUAAGCUGGACCGUCCGCUCACGGAUGCCGAUUUUGAUGCGAAGCAGAAGUCGACGUUUGAUAUUGCCGGUAAUGAGUUAGUGCCCUCGGCAAAGUACGACUUCAAAUUUAAGGAUUAUGCGCCGUGGGUAUUCCGACAUCUGCGCAAUCGAUUCCGUCUCGAUCCCGCCGACUACUUGAUGUCGUUGACGGGCAAGUACAUCUUGUCGGAGCUCGGGUCUCCUGGAAAGAGCGGCAGUUUCUUCUACUUCUCCAGAGACUACAAGUACAUCAUCAAGACAAUCCACCACGCCGAGCAUAAGUUUCUGCGCAAGAUCCUCAAGGAUUACUAUCACCAUGUUACCGAGAAUCCGAACACGCUGCUCUCGCAGUUUUAUGGUCUGCACAGAGUAAAGAUGCCGUACGGGAAAAAGAUCCACUUUGUCGUAAUGAACAACCUUUUCCCCCCGCAUCGCGAUAUCCACACGACAUUCGACUUGAAGGGUUCCACGAUCGGUCGCGACUAUAGGGAAGACGACCUGGAGAAGAACCCUCGAGCGACUCUUAAGGAUCUGAAUUGGCUGCGCAGACAGCGCCAUCUCGAACUAGGCAUUCAGAAGAAGAAGCUGUUUUUGGAACAACUUCAGAAGGACGUGGUUUUGAUGAAGAAGCUUCAGAUCAUGGACUACUCUCUUUUGAUUGGUAUUCACGACCUCAACCGGGGCAAUGAGGAGAACCUUCGUGGCAAAACCCUUCAGGUCUUUAGCCCUGGCGGUGAUAACAGUCAGGAGGAUGGUGAGCCUCCGUCGGUGCUCCUCCGGACGCCGUCCAAGUUGGAGAACGCUCGCAAGGCUAGAGAACUGAGGCAGAUGAUACGCCAUGAGCGACCUGUGCCGAUGGGCGAAACGGCAACGCAGAUGCCUAAUGAGCUUGACGAGGGCCACAGCCGAUCUGGCUACAUUUUCAACCAGGAUGAUGGCGGCUUCCAGGCAACGCACGAGGACAACUCCCCCGCCGAAGAGAUCUAUUAUUUGGGUGUCAUUGACUGCCUGACUCACUACGGAAUGAUCAAAAAGAUUGAGCACUUCUGGAAGGGUCUUACCAGCGACAGGACACAGAUCUCGGCACUGCCCCCUGAGCAGUAUGGCGACCGUUUUUACAACUUCGUCGAGGGUAUUACCAUGUCCCCCGAGGAGGCACGGCGGGAGGCACAGCGGAGGGACCAGGAGCAAAUUGAGGCCGCAGCUGCUGCCGAACGUCAACGUGUCGCCAGCUGGAGCUCAAGUUUACGGCGAAGAUCGACGGCUAACAACAUCCCGCCGAUGCCCAACUACCAACCUCCGCCCACUCCGCCAGAUGGUCAAAGGUCGCCGGAAGCCCGCGAAACUGUCGAGCGAGCCACCCAAGAGGCCCGCCGGACUGAAAGACAAGGGGCAUCGGAGGCUAAUGUGCCGGAUAUGGUGCUGACUACCAAAUCGGGAGAGCGCCGAGAGUCGGGAGGCCAGGGAGCUCCUAUCCUGCCAGUGGUUGAAGAAGCAGCAGAGGCCUCAUCAGUUGGUGGUCGAAGCCGUCACUCGGACGACUACCGACCUGCCACCCCGGCCAAGACGAGCAUGGAGCGUAGGUUUGCAGGCCUUCGGGAGUAUGCACCGCCAACGCCUCCCAAAGGGCACCACCUCAAGCCUGAGAGCCAGGAUAGCGGUUACGGAGCGCUACCCAAUGGCUCUACGAUGAGCCGCGAGGACUCGCUAAAACUCAAGUCCCGCCUCAGCAAGGACUCCCUCAACAAGGACCUUCCGCCGCUACCCAAGGAGGCAAACGGUGAGAGCCAAUUCCGUGUGGGACUUGCGUAG